UUGCAAAGUUCAAACAUUGUUAUAUAAAAGACAAAUUAACGUCAGGAUCACCCACAACACAAAGCAAUGUUAUUACCCAAUAAAGUGACUCUCAUGCAUGGGCAAUCUCAAUGAAUAGCAGCUACUUAUUCGGCAUCUGUUGCGAUAUGGUAUCAUUGUUAUUUAGAGGAUCUGUAACACACUUUCACUUUUAACUUUGGAAUCCCCGAAUUUGGCCCAACAGCGAGCCAGUCGACUUGCGGCCACAACAGAUAGCACUCCUCUGCAAAAAUGAGACCAGCGACCAUUCUGUUACUUCUGUGCUGUACAAUGGCUACAGCAAGCGCAGAGGUAGAACAAACUAAAGACUUGGAAUUAGAUAAUCCGGAAGACUUGGAGAGACGACAUCGUAGGCGUAAAAAACCUCAAAAUACCGGACCCUGUGCGAGCGGAUACGGGAGGACUUUUGGCUUUCAAGAUUAUACGUAUAUAUCGGCACCAGUCAUGAACUAUUUUUUCGGAUGUGGAGUUGCCCCUGUGCCAGUAGCACCAUUAGCACACUACCCGCAGCUGCCAGCGGCCGCACCGUACCCCGUGCAGAUUGGAGUGAGCCAGUCGCAGCAUCACCAGGGGGGUCACCACGGAGGCCAUCACGCAGGCCACCACGGUCACGGACAUUUCGGAGGGCAAAAUCAAGGGGGACAGUUCAUCGGAAAUUAUGCCUCGGGCCACGACCAAAACCAACCCUUUUACGGUCCAGGAGCAUUUCAACAGCCAAAUCGACCGCUCCAAAACGUGGUAUCAGCAGCGGCUUCAGGUUUCGGCAAUGUCCUGGCUGACUACAUUAACCGCCCCAGAAAAACUCAAAAGCAGAUUAACAGACAAGUGAAUCAAUUUUUAAAACCAAUAUAUAAACUGUUUUAAAAAAUUUUAGUUUGUGUGUUAGUGUUAGUUCUAAUAAGGCCAAGGUGAAGUGCAUCCAAAACAAUUCAGCAAACUUUAUUUAGAUCGUGUUCAAAUAUCGUUUUGAUUUAACCUACCUACAAUACAGUAGUAGAGAGUACUCAAGUACCUACAAGUGCACUCACAGGAAUGAGAAUGAUCGAACCUACCGCUGUGUAAAGGACGCAUAAAUCGACAUAGGUAUGUUGUAGGUAUAAAGGUAAUUAACUUACCUAUAUAAAGUAUCCAUGAAGGAAUUUCUUAUCUUACCACGUGACUAAGAAAGGAUACUACCUAUAUCACCUUACCUACUCACUUAACUUUUUUCAAGUCUGUAAGUACGUCCCUAUAUAAAACAGCUUCUUUAAUAGGCUACACGAGCGAUUUUUCGCGUCAAGUGCCUAAGUACCUAUUAUAAUAAAAAA